GGGGGCGGCCGCGCUGCUUGGUGGCGACCGGCGAUCGAGGCGGCGCGGAAGGGAGGAGGCUCCGGGCGGCAGGAAUUAGAACCAUCAGGUGAGACAAUCUCAGAAACUUGUGCCUGUGCUUUGCGCUUCCUGCAGAUUACAAACCUGUCUGGGCCACUCAAGUCCACGGAAGAGGCUGAGCUUUCUGGCUGAAAUAAAUCUGGUUGGAAUGAUGCAUCAGUCUCCCAUCUUGCCGGAGGAAGUGCAUCAUGGAGUCCCAUAGCUGUGGGGCAAGAUGGGAGAAAUUCAGGUGGGGAGCUCAUCCAUAGAGGAGAAUGGGGGAGAUAAGGACGUGAAAACUGAGAAAUGAACAAACUACGGCAGAGUUUUAGGAGAAAGAAAGAUGUUUACGUCCCAGAGGCUAGUAGGCCGCACCAAUGGCAGACAGAUGAAGAAGGGGUUCGCACUGGAAAAUGCAGCUUUCCCGUUAAGUACUUGGGUCACGUGGAAGUGGAUGAAUCCAGAGGAAUGCAUGUCUGUGAAGAUGCUGUGAAGAGAUUGAAAUCUCUACCUACAGUAAUAGCACUCGACUUGUCCCCCCUGUUCCUCCAGGAAAGGAAGUUCUUCAAAGGCUUCUUUGGAAAAACUGGAAAGAAGGCAGUUAAGGCAGUCCUGUGGGUUUCAGCAGAUGGACUCAGAGUUGUAGAUGAGAAAACUAAGGAUCUCAUAGUUGAUCAGACAAUAGAGAAGGUUUCUUUCUGUGCUCCGGACCGGAAUUUUGACAGGGCAUUUUCUUAUAUCUGCCGAGAUGGCACUACCCGGCGCUGGAUAUGCCACUGCUUCAUGGCUGUAAAGGACACAGGGGAACGGUUGAGUCAUGCUGUGGGCUGUGCGUUUGCAGCAUGCCUAGAGCGAAAGCAGAAACGAGAGAAGGAGUGUGGAGUGACUGCCACCUUUGAUGCCAGCAGAACCACAUUCACAAGAGAGGGAUCAUUCAGAGUCACUACAGCUACUGAACAAGCAGAAAGAGAGGAAAUAAUGAGACAGAUACAGGAUGCUAAAGCUGAAACAGAAGUGAAAACAACAGCAGCUCCCAGUGCUACACCCAGCAAUACUGCCCCAUCUCCUGGCUCCCCAGCCUCUCCCACUGCUGACAUCACUGCCUCUCUAGAUAAAGAGAUGAACCAUCCCCAUGCUAUCCCUCGAAGGCAUGCCCCUAUAGAGCAACUUGCCAGGCAAGGCUCUUUCCGAGGUUUCCCUGCCCUUAGUCAAAAGAUGUCCCCCUUUAAACGCCAGCUGUCGUUGCGAAUAAAUGAGCUGCCUUCAACAGUGCAAAGAAAGACCGACUUCCCCAUGAAGAACUCAGUCCCUGAGAUGGAAGGGGAAGUGGACAGCAUUAGCUCCCUGUGCUCCCAGAUUACUAAUGCUUUCAGCACACCGUCAGAGGACCCCUUCUCCUCUGCUCCUAUGACAAAACCAACCACAGUAGUUGCACCACAGUCUCCUGCCUUUCAAGUUAAUGGCACUGCAUCUGCCUUCUGUGUGCUUGCUGUUAAACCAUCCCAAGCUGCUGUAGCACCCACAGCUAUGCCAGUUCGUGAAACCAAUCCUUGGGCUCAUGCCCCUGCUGCUCCUGCUGCUAAUACUGGAGCUGCAGCCACAUUCUCUGGUACUGAAUGGAGCACCUCCUCAGGUGCGACUUCACCAAGUCUCUUCCAGAUGACUCACAGACGCACUCCCUCAGAGGCAGACCGCUGGUUGGAAGAGGUAUCAAAGACUGUCAGAGCCCAGCAGCCACCACCAGCAGCCCCACAGCCAUUAGUACAGCCUCCCCUUGCAGCUUCCAAGCCAGCAACACCUUUUCCAGGGAACACCUUUGUUGCACCUCAGCCAGUGCCAGUCGGUGUGGUACCGCCAAUGCAGCCCGCAUUUAUGCCUGCUCAGCCAUAUGCUGUAGCAAAUGGAAUGACCUUUUCUGCUCCCAGUGUGCCUGUGGUUGGAAUCACUCCUUCUCAGAUGGUAGCCAAUGUUUUUGGAACUGCAAGUCACGCUCCAGCAUCCCAUCCCCAUCAGUCACCUAGUCUUGUCAAACAGCAGACAUUCCCCCAGUAUGAAACCAACAAUGCUACUGCCAGCCCCUUCUUCAAAUCUCCUGCUCAGCACAAUGGCUCCGCAGCUUUCAAUGGAGUUGACAGUGGCAAAUGGGCCACUGAGGACAAGCACUUACAGCCUCCUGCAUCUGCCCACCAGGUAGAUCCGUUUGAAGCACAGUGGGCAGCACUAGAAAGCAAGUCAAAGCAGCGCACUAACCCAUCUCCAACUAACCCCUUCUCAAGUGAUUUACAGAAGACGUUUGAGAUUGAACUUUAAACAGUCCUGUGGCUCUGGGGUAUUGUGUGCUAGGAGGGAGGGAGCAGAGGACUAUUUCUAAUCAGUACAUUUUGAUAAACCCAAAAGGUCCCUACAAAUGAAGAGGGAG